UCUUGUCUGUGAUAGGAAAAUUCAUUCAACUUGGACUGUGACAUAAUUCCAACCUCAAAAAGUCAUAAAACAAUUUAUUGGAUUUUCUCGUAUUUUCCAAAGUAAUUGUUGAGUUUUUGAAAUAAAUUAGUAACUAAAACGUCAAUAAUAAGCACGGCUGCACAAUGUCGUCGCUUUUACGUUCAACUAAACUUGUGCGGUAUUUUGCUGGUGCGGCGAGAACUCUCAUACUCAACUCGGCUAAAACUGCCGAAGCUAAUUUACUAAUUAACUCUAAAGCUAUUUGCGUAGCUAACAAUGUUUUAAUGCGAGAUUAUGCAACCUCAAAGAAGACUGAAAGCCUAGAGCCCCUGCUACAGAGGCUUGACAAUGAAGUACGGAGAUUUGGCCGGAUCAGCAAGAGAGAUAUUGAUGAAGUGUUUGAUGAGAUUCGAGGCAAACAUGACAUUACCAGCUCACAAUCAUUAUUGGUUAUCAGAUGUUGUGGUGAUUUGGUGCCAGAAGAGCUGCCUGAACAAAGGACUCUUUUGGUCCAGAAGAUUUGGUCUGUCCUCACUGAGAGAGGUGUACCGAUGGACAUCUCACACUACAAUGCUCUCUUGAGAGUUUACAUUGAAAAUGAGCAUCCUUUCUCACCCGCCGAAUUCUUAAAUGAAUUGGAGCAGAAAGGAUUACAGCCUAACAGGGUAACAUACCAAAGACUGAUGUGGCGUUACUGCCAAGAAGGAGAUGUGGAGGGUGCAACAAAAGUAUUGGAGAAAAUGAGAGAGCUCAGCCUUCCCGUGUCAGAGCCGGUUCUGAAUGCCCUGGUGAUGGGCCACGCCUUCCACGGAGACACGGAGGGGGCCCGGGCAGUCCUGGAAACCAUGGCAGGAGCUGGGCUCCAACCAUCCAACAGAACUUAUGCCCUUCUUGCCUGCGGUCACGCAAGGAAAGGAGAUAUUCAAGGAGUGGAGGCAGUACUCCAAACUGCUAAAGACAAAGAUGUGGUUAUUGAUGAUAAGGAUGUUCUGGACAUCAUAGAAGCAUUAGCUGUUGGUGGGCACGGAGACAAGGUGGAGCACAUGUAUGAGCAUCUUCAGAAAGGGUAUGGCUUUGUACAAGAACUGUGCUCCCUCAUUUUGAGACUCAUCAACAAAGGGCAUGUGGAAGUUGCUAAAGCGGUCAUGAAGGCUAUGCCAGGUGUUCAAGAAUCUGACAAACAUUUAUACACGGGGGCCUUCUUUGUUAAGCAGUUAAUGAAAGUCCAAAAGACGCCAGAAAAUGUAAUCAAAGUUUGUAGAGAGUUGCAAGACGAUGGAACCAUUCCUAACGCUUUGUUCAUAGCGACCGAGGCUGCUCUGGCACAGGGUUCCACUGAAAUAGCUUUGUUAUUGUUCAAAGAACUUGAGAAGAAUGGAACUGAAAUAAGACAGCAUUUCUACUGGCCCUUGUUGGUGCAAAAAGGUAAAGAAAAUGAUGAGGAAGGCCUUAUCCACCUCCUGCGAGAGAUGUCGCAGCAAGGAAUGGCUCCAUCAGGGGAAACGCUUCGUGACUAUGUCCUGCCCUACAUGCUAAACAAAGAUACACCACAAAAUGUCGUCGUCAAACUCCAAAUCGCCAACAUCUCGCAUAUACACAGUUCCAGAAACAUAAUGUCUCAACUCCUAGACAUGGGAAAGAUCAAGGAGGCAGCUGAAGUUGCUCUCAUUUACAAGCCAUUCGGUCAAUACAACCUACUGGUACGUCCUCUGACAAACGCCGUAGGGAAGACUAAGGACAUCAAGUCGUUUGUGGACAUCCUCCACGUCAUCAGCAGCAAACCGCUGGUGAUAGAAGAGGAUUCUAAUCCAGACGAAGACGCCAGGCCUGCCGAUGGCAAAAACGACGCUCACCAAAUCGGCCGCAUUGUUAUUAAUGCGAUUAAAAACCUGUCCGCUGACUUGUACGAAGAACUCCUAACCGAGGUCCACUCGCGCGGGCUCCGCAUCAGCACCGAGUCAGCUGAGGGCAUUCAGCAGUAUUUGGGCCAGAAACUCACGAGUGGUAUAUCGGAGAGGUUAGCCCAACUGACGUCGUCAGAGCAGGAGUUGACCCCGCUGAGCUCGGUGCGUCGCGGCGCGCGCUCGCUGCCCGUCACCCCUGAGCGCCGCUCCGCCGACCUGGAACGACUGAUAGCUCAGAACAAGGGAGGCAACGCGGCUCGCUACCAGAAACAACUGCUCUCCCUCUACGUGCAAGAGAAUGAGGUGGAAAAACUCAACAACUUCUUGAAGAAUCUCGAAUCGGAAAACUUUGAGUUAACAAACUCUACGAUCGCGCAACUUGUCGAGUUCUACGCGCUGAAUGGCGACCUGGAAAAGGCGUUGGAGUUGAAGAAGAGGCUAGACGCUUGCGAUCCACAGUUCAUGCUCAACACAUACAAACUUGUAGUGAUAGCUAACGCGUUUGUCAAAGCGAAUAGGUUUGAAGAUGCCGUGGCGUUCCUUAUGGAAAAUAAUCCGGAGACCAAGGAUGGCUCUUCGUUUUCGGUCAACUCGAAAUGCUGGCAGAUAUUGAAUAGCUUAGCGGAGAAAAAAGAAGCAGAAAAGGUCAAAGAGUUAACCAAAGUGUUAAUAAAUAGGGGCUACAUCGAGCCAUCGAAUGUGCUCCUAGGUCCGUCAAUAAAGGUGCACCUACUCCGAGACGAUGUGGACUCGGCCCUACAAGAGUUUGAGCAAGCCAGCAAGCAGUACCGAUGCACCCCGUGGAAAGGAGAACUGAUGAAAGCGCUGAUAUUGAAGGAAGACGCUUCGAAGCUGCAGUGGCUGGCCGAUCUUAGCACGCAGAUCCACGGCGAGGUGAACAUCCUGCACGACCUGGUGCUAGCGUUCGUGGAGUGCGGGCGGCUGCGGCAGGCGCGGCGCAUCCUCGAGACGCCGGGGCUGCAGGCGCGCUCGCGCCGGCUGCGGGACGCCUGCGAGCGAUAUGUGCAGGAAGGCAAGCCGGAGUACCUAGAAGGCCUCCUCGAGGCAACAAAGGAGCUCAACCACAUCGACCGUUCCAACAUUUACUACCACCUCCUGCAGUCCUACUGCAAGGCGGACCAGACAGACAAGGCGUUAGGACUAUGGACCUUGCUGCAAGAAGAGGGAGAGGUCCCCAGCGAAGACUUUCUCAAGUACCUCGCUAAUCACCUCAAGCAGAACAACAGAGACAUCCCCUUCGCUAUUCCCAAUGAGCCCGCCAAACCGAAGAAAGAAAAGAAACAGAAUAAUGCCGAUAAUGACGCCUUGGUUACUAAGAAAAACGUGACCAAAGCCAUAGAGACGUCCGUCCAAGCAGGGAACCUAAACGAGGCGGUCGACCAAGCGCUGGCGUCCCUCAAAGUGGGAGUGCUGCCUAAACCCACAGUCUUGAAGUACCUGCUCAAAUCCUUGGCCUUAGAAGGAGAAGUGAACGAGAUCGAAAAGAUUGGCUUCUUCUUGAAUGAGAACGCGAGACGUAAUGUCACGUACGAUGACAAGCGCACUCUGGCGGUGUUCACGAAGGGCGACGGCGCGGCGCACGUCGACGCGUUGCUACAGAAGGUCACACAAGCGAACACGGAGGAAGAGCUUAGUGAUGCACUGAAACAGUUCCCUCGAAGCAACGCCCUGCAAUGCGUCGUCAAAAACUCUGAGCUACUAGAGAAAUGUCAUAAGAUCGCCGAGCUGGCGGCGACAAAAGGCAAUUAUUUACCUGCAAACCUGCUGUGGAUGGAGUACAUACUAACAGGCAAAGACAAAGAAGCAGACGCCCUAUGGAACAACUACCUGAUCAAAGCCGAGAGCAUUGCCUACAGACGACUAAUGCAAGAGAGCCACUUAAAUAACUCUCCACAACAGGUCGACAGACUAAUCAGUUGCUUGAAAACGAACAAGAACAUCACUUCGGCAGUAUUAGGAAAUGCAUACUCAAGGUUAAUAAACCUACACCUAUCGCAUGGUAACACAGAGGACGCCAAAGGAUCACUGCAAAAAGCGAUGUCAGAAGGCAUCAACAUUGACCACAUCAACGUUACCACAUUGAAGAAAUUAAAGAGUGCACAGGAAGCCAUUGGACAAGAGUUCAAGUACAAUAUUAAGUCAGAAUCCAGCUAGAUUUUUAACUUUUAAUGUAGUACUUGUAGUGUAGGUUCUAGAUUAUGAUAAUUUUGAUUACAACUGUGGUAUAUGUAAGUGUUUUCCAUUUAUACAAGAUACAAUGCGAGCAGCAGAUAUAGAUAUAUAAAUACAAUUUAAUAGCCAGCUAACAUACCAUUUGUUAAAUUCCCGGUCCAGUUCGAUGUCACGUAUUUAAUUAAAACCAGCGUAAUGUAUAAUAUUAUGUAUUAAUAAAAAAGAAACCUUAAGUUA